AUGGGCAAGAGGAAGUUCAGUGGGCUGGAAAUCACCCUGAUCGUCCUCUUCUGCCUGGUGGCGAUCAUAGCCUGUGUCCUCAUUGGGCUUUUAGCGUCAGGACAAUCUGGAGUCAAAACUACAGGUCCUGUGGAAGAACAGUAUUUCAGGGGAAGGAGCACCUGUGAGAGCAGCAGCACAAUCACUGAUCCUGAAACACCAAGAUUUGAAGUCCCUCAUGAGCAUGUGCGAUCUUUCACUGAAUCUGCAGCCUCCAAAUUAAACUACAAAGUGGAUGUGAAGCCGAACCCCUUUGGCAUCAUGGUGACCAGAGUGAGCAACGGUAGAGUGCUGUUUGAUACUACCAUAGGACCACUGCAGUAUGCUGACCAGUUUUUACAGCUAUCAAUCAAACUACCUAGCAGCAACAUCUAUGGCGUGGGAGAGCACGUGCAUAAGCAGUACCGGCACGAUGUUAACUGGAAAACCUGGCCCAUGUUCAGCAGGGAUAUUGGCCCCUCUGGAGCAAUGCAUAACUUACAUGGAGUUCAAACUUUCUUCCUGUGUUUGGAAGACAGCACUGGAGCCUCCUUUGGUGUUUUCCUAAUGAAUAGCAAUGCCAUGGUCUUGGUGAAAACCUCCAAGUAUUACUUGAACAUUCGCUACACUUUGCUGCCCUACCUGUAUACACUCUUUUAUAAAGCUCAUACUCAAGGAGACACAGUUGUACGGCCAGUUUUGCAUGAGUUCUACUCUGACGAAGUGACGUGGAGUGUGGAUAGGCAGUUCCUGUGGGGUCCUGGGCUGCUUGUUUCCCCUGUACUUGACCCGGGUGUGGAUGUAAUUCAAGCAUAUAUUCCCGAUGCAGUAUGGUAUGAGUAUGAUACGGGGGCAAAAAUGUCAGUGAGAAAGCAAUGGACCGAUAUGUACCUGCCAGCAGACAAACUGGGACUCCACUUGAGAGGAGGCUAUAUUUACCCUACUCAACAACCAGCUAACACAACAGUUGCAAGCCGCAAGAAUCCCAUGGGACUUAUAAUUGCCCUGGAUGACAACAGCGCUGCUUCUGGGCACUUGUUCUGGGACGAUGGAGAAUCCACAGGUUUCACUAUAGCCUUAAAUAUGUAA